AUGGAUACAUUCCGCGCGAACUGUUCGUAUGCAGCACCCGUUGUCGCUUUCUUGCUCCUUCGUAGCUCUGGGUCGCCCCUGUAUGUGCUCUGUUCCUUCUGUCUGCAGCUCGUGGCCAUCCAGGCCUCGGCGAAAGAUCCGUCGCAGACGGAGAAGCCGGGAAAGAGGGAUAAGGAGGCGGACAAGAAAAAGAAGCACGAGGAAGAGCUAUCAGAGGAAGACAAGAAGAUCAAAGAAGAUAUGGAGCUCUUGGUUGAGAGACUGCAGGACGUCGAGCCAGGCGUGGUCGCCCUCGCCCUGCAGACCCUGUCGAUUCAGCUGAAGGCUGCGACGUCUUCAAUGACCAGCGUGCCGAAGCCUCUCAAAUUUCUGCGUCCUCACAUUCCUGCGCUCAUUGAGCACUACCAGCGCCUCGCGCCUGGCGACAAAAUCAAGGAAGACUUUGCCAUGGUCCUUUCCGUCCUCUGCACCACAUGCGGCGAUGGCAAGCGCCGCUCUCUCCACUUCUGUUUGGAGGGCGGAAGCAAAGCCAUUGAGAGCUGGGGCUUUGAGUUUUUGCGCAACUUGUCGGGCGAAGUGGCGGCUGCGUACGCGGAGAUCCACGGCGAGGAGAAGAAGGCGGGCGCAGUCGAGGGCGAAGACCUGCCUGCGAAGGCGCGCGAAGGCGACGUCUCGGACCGCCCGGCUGGGGGACAGGAGUCGGGCGCCGCGGCGUCAGCCGGGAAGAAGGGCGACUUGGAGGGCGCGAAGGCCGGCGGCGAGGAGGUCGCGGGGAAGGGUUCGGCUGCGGCGGCGCAGAAGUCGUCGAUGGCGCUGGAGAUCGCCAUGGAAGUGCCCCUGCCGACGCUCGCGGACCUGAACAAGGUUGUGGAUCUCAUCGUGCCCUACUACAUGUCGCACAAUGCGGAGUGCGACGCCGUGGAUCUUCUCUCGGAGAUGGAGCGGAUCGAGAGCGUCACACGCUACGUGGACGCGAGCAACUUCCAGCGCGUCUCGCUCUACCUCCUAGCGAUGACCAACUACGCGGCCUCGCUGGACGAGUACUGCCGCUUCCUCUCCGUGGCGCUCGACAUCUUGUGCGCGCAGAAGCAGUGGUUUGACGCGAUGCGUGUCGCGCUCAAGCUCCCCAACGUCGCCGCGCCAGGCGAGAAGAACGAAGACAAAAUCAAACUCAUCGUCGACCGGUGCCGUGAGGAGGGCGACCCCCUCAUGGUCAAGCAGCUCGCGCUUCUCCUCGGGAGACAGGGCGUCGACUUCGACUUCGACGACGAACAAACGCAGCGCCUGAACAGCGGGGAAGAGCUCUCGAACUUCUUCCUCCUCCUCGCGAAGGAAAUGGACGUCCUGGAGCCCAAGACGCCCGAAGACGUCUACAAAACGCACCUCGAGGACCAGAACUCGCGCAGAGCCGGAGGUACCGGCGCCCUUGACAGCGCCAAACAGAAUCUCGCCUCGACUUUCGUCAACGCCUUCGUCAACGCGGGGUCCUGCAAAGACAAACUCAUGCUCGCCGACGGAGCCUCUUGGCUGUACAAGAACAAAGAUCACGGCAUGAUUUCCGCUGCGGCUUCUCUCGGCGCGAUUCUACUAUGGAACAUCGACGAGGGCUUGUCGCACCUCGACAAGUACCAGUACUCCUCGGACGCGAACAUCAAGGCGGGCGCCCUCCUCGGCUUCGGCGUGUUAAGUAGCAACGUGCGGCACGAGUGCGACGCCGCGUUUGCGUUGUUGAAGGAUCACCUCGAAGACUCGGCUGAGGGCGGGCGAAGCGCCACCUGCCAGAGAGUUGGCGCCGUCAUCGGUCUCGGCUGCGCUUACGCAGGCACCAAGCGUGCAGACGUCAUGGAAGCUCUGACCGUUGUGAUUGUCGACAGUUCUCUGCCGGUGGAGUGCAGCGCCUUCGCGGCAGUCUCCCUCGGGCUCGUUUUCGUGGGUAGCUGCAACCAAGAAGCUGCUGAGGCGAUUCUCACGACUCUCAUCGACCGCUCCUCCGUCGAAAAGGGCUUAGAGUCGCCGCUGUGUUUCUACUUUGCGCUGGGCGUGGGGCUGCUUUUCCUCGGCGCGCGAGACGCCUGCGAGCCGACACUGACGGCGCUGGAGGCCCUCUCUUCGGCGGCGCCUGCGUCCGCUGAAGGGCAGCAGCAGCUGAGUGCGGCACUGCUCGCGGCGUACGCGCAAGGCACAGUCGAGGGCCUCGCCUACGCAGGCAGCGGCGACGUCCUCAAGGCGCAGAAAUACCUGAGCGUGUGCAGCGAGGCGCGCGACAAGCAGUACUGGAGCGCCCUGCUCAACGCGGACUCGGGCGAGGAGAAGGCGGAGAAAACCGAGAAGGAGGAGAAGAAGGGUGAGUCGGCCUCCAAGCAGAAGAGCGGCCCGACGCAGGCGGCCGCGACAACCGGAGGAGGAAGUGCAGCUGAGGAGGAAGACGAUGAAGAGGACGGCAAGAAGCUGGACCAAGCCGUCGCCGUCAUGAACCUCGCCCUCCUCGCCUUCGCCGAAGACGUCGGCGCCGAAAUGAGCCUCAGAAUGAUGGAUCAUCUGCUCCAGUACGCCGACUUGUCGCAGCGGCGCGCUGUGCCUCUCGCGCUGGCGAUCAACUCGCCUUCGCGAGCGAAGCCGGGCAUCAUCGAUACACUCUCCAAGCUCUCGCACGACGUGGACGCCGAGGUGGCGCUUAAUGCGAUUUUCGCGAUGGGCGUCGUCGGCGCGGGCACCAACAACGCACGCAUUGCAGGACUCCUGCGUUCGCUUGCGUCGUACUACGGCAAAGACGGAAACGCCCUCUUCGUUAUUCGCCUGGCCCAAGGCCUGCUGUACAUGGGAAAGGGCCUGCUCACGAUCAAUCCGCUCCACUCCGACCGGUUCCUGAUCAACAACGUCGCUCUCGGCUCUCUUGCCGUCAUCAUGCACACGUGCCUGCACAUGCGCACGACGAUCCUCGGCCGCUUCCACUAUCUCCUUUACUACCUCUUCCCGGCGAUGCAGCCGCGUAUGCUGUUCACGGUCGCGCCGGAGAGCCAGGUGCCGCAGGCGCCGAGCUCGCCCGAGGGCGCGGCACAGAGCGCACCAGCCGCGGGCGCGAGCAGCUGCGCGGAGGAGGCGACGAUGGGUGAAGAGAAGGACGUCGACGUUGGUACGGAAGAACUCAAGAUGGCCUGCGUCUCGGUCCGCGUCGGCGAAGCCGUGGACGUCGUCGGACAAGUCGGGCGACAACCCAAGACAAUCACCGCCUUCCAAACGCACACCAGCCCCGUGUUGCUCAGCUACAGCGAACGCGCGGAACUUGCCACUGACGAAUACAUCCCCGUGGCGUCCGUGCUGGAGGGCGUGGUCAUCCUGAAGAAGAACCCAGACUUUAAGCCCGCCAAGAAUGCGUAG